GGCAGCCACCUGGCCCGCUGACUUGUAUUGGUUUACUAGGGAUGCUGUGACAAAGUACCACAAACCAAGUGUUUUAAACAACAGAAAUGUAUUGUCUCAUGGUUCUGGAGGCUGGAAGUCCAAGAUCAUGGCAUCAUCAGGGGUGGAUCUUUCUGAGGCUUUGAGAGAGAAUCUGUUCCAGGCCGCUCCCCCUGCUCUGGGGGUUUGCCAGCCAUCUGUGGCCUCUCUUGGCUUGUAGACACAUCACCCUGAUCUCUGCCUUCAUGUUCACAAGGCAUUCUCCCUGUGUGCGUGUCUGUGCCCAAAUCUCCCUUUUUAAUAAGGACACCAGUCAUACUGGAUUAGGGGCCCACCCUACUACAGUGUGACUUCAUCUUAACUAAUUACCUAAUUCCAGAUAAGGCCACAUUCUGAGGCUCCAGAGGUUAGGAAUUCAACCUGUGAAUUUGGGGCCCAGGCAGGGUGAGGGGAAAAAACUCAACCCAUCACAUAACUGUUAUGGGCAAGGUCAGGUUCAAAUUCAAGAUGGAAUUUAGAUGCCCCUGGGUGCAUCUGAGUCCAGCACCCAGCCCAGGUUGGUGGCUGUGGCCAGGGGAGCCAGCCCUUGGCAUGCCCCUCUUAGCAUCAAGGAUGCAUGUCUGAGAGUGAGUGACGCACACUGUGUUUUCUCUCGCUGACGCUUUCUGAGCCAAAACACCUGGAAGAUAAGUGUUUGCUUUUAUAAACUACGCAUGUGAUGAUCAUCAUCUCAGGAGAAGAUAUUUAAGCAGGAAACUCCUCUCUCAGCUCCUGCCCACAGGGAAAACAGACAAGCAGCCCAUCCCAACAGGGACAGCAGCUCCCUCUAAGAGGUGAAACAGAGACGGAAGAGACCUUCCCUUUAUAUUUUACAUACUUUUUGAACAAUUUUCAUUUUUACAGUAAUCUUUAUUAGUCCUAAAAAAUAACUUACAAUAUGCUAUCUUUUUAAAAACUGAAUUUUCAUGUAAGAAUAUACAUACAUACCUUCUCUUUCAAGAAAGUGGAAACAUUGAAGAAAAGGGUAAAGUUUCCUAGACUCGCCUCUCUGUGCACCAUCCCCCCCACAAAAAAAUCUAUAGCCGAAUCCACUAGUGUUAUCACUUUGGUGUGUAUCUUUCCACAUUUCUUUAAACACACUUCCAGGCAUAUAUAUGUCCCCACAUUAAAUAUGUAGUCUGGGUUUGGAAGAAAUUAAACAUAAAAUGUUUCCAUAUGGUGCUGAACUUUUUCUCUCAAUUAAGUUUCCUCAGGGAGCAUCCUUUCCAGUAGUUUAACUCACAUCCUAAGAUCCUUCUCCUCCACAUCCUCCUUCCUUCCUCUCCCCCAGGAGUAACAGGUCUGUGGUUUUCCCAAAUGCUGCUCCCAAGACCAUCCAGCAAGUCUCUGGGGUAGAGUUGCCUGAUGUGGCAAACGAAAAUAUAGGAGGUAGGUUAAAUUUUAAUUUCAGGUAACAAAUUUUCAAAUAUAAGUGUAUCCCACAGAGCACUUGAGAUGUACUUACACUAAAAAACAAAACAAACAAACAAAAAAUCUUUCCUUUAUCUGAAAUUCAGAUUUCACUGAGUGGUCUGUAUUUGAUCUGCCAAUCCUACCUCAAGGCACUUGUUAAAAAUCAGCGUUAUCCCAUCUUGAGAUUCAGUAGGUCUGGGCGGAGCUCAUCAGGAAUCUGUAUUUUUUAAAUGAUACUCAGUUUGUAGCUGACAAGAGAGAAUUUAAUGUAACCUUACUGUGUGGUGGAUAAUGUAUAGCAUAUUAAACAAAGCAUUAUACAAAAGUAGUUCCAUAUGACUAUUAUGUGAGAGUUUUGUUUGGUAAGAUUUUAAAUCAUGGUACUGUAAUGUAUGUGUUUGUUUACCAGUGAAAGAAAGUGAACUAUAUAAAGAGUGAAAGAAUAUGUCAGUUACUAUGGGUUUAUACAUAACUUUCGCAAAACAGUUUCUACCUCUUCAAUGUAAUUCCUAUGUUUGGCAGCACCAUCUACCUAAGUUCUGGUAUAUGUUUGAAAGUAAAAGUUUUAUUUUCUUUUAAAUAUUAAAAAAAAUGAUAUUCAGAUUACUGGCCACGCCUGGGAACCCUGUACUCCACGACACCAGGCUGGCGGGGGUCCAGGCUUUUCUCCCCAUGAAACUACACAUUUUCAAGCUUAUCCAUUCCUCAGUCUUUAUUAUGUUAGCCCAGUAGGAGUGAGGCCUCUAAAACAGACGUCCCUGGACUUCUGCCUCGGGAGAGUGCUCUCAGGUGUGGCGCCCCUUCCUCCAGUACAUUGUCAGAACAACCGGCUCUGCUACUUUUCCUCCAGCCGCCCUAUUUUCUUUGGAUCCGCAGAAUUUUCAGGUCCCAGGAUUUCUGCAGGCUUGGCCAACCGCUCUCUGACCAAGUAACUCUCAAACUCAGCACAAUGGCAAAGGGCUGGAGGGGAAAUGGAUGGGGCCAGGGACAAAAAAGAGAGAAGAUUCUAGGCUCUGCGUUCCCCCUGACGCAGCUGCUCCCAGCUUCGUCUUUCUGGGUAACCCCUCGGCCAGACCCGUGGGCCCCAGUCUUUUCCCAGAGCCACGCUAGCGUGAGGCUGGGCCCCUGAAGGGGCGUGGCCAACAGAACCGAGCUACAGCCAAUCCCAGCGGGGUCUUUGGUUGGGAGGUGGAAGGGGGUGUGGUGACGGAGAGGGGCGUGGCUCGACAACUUCAGCAACCCAGCUGGACCAAUCCCGGGAGGCGAAGCUGACUCCCGACCUGGGCCCAGGUGCGCCCCGCUCUCGGCUGCUCUACGCGCCUGAUGGAGGGCUCCCGGGCGGCGUCGGAGGGAGACCAAGCCCGGGCUGAGUUCCCAAUGGAGCCCCUGGGAAGCGAGGACCCGGAGCUGAAUCAGCCGCAAGUCCCCGCAGAGGAGCGACGGCCUGAGAGUUGCGAGAGCAGCUCGAGUCUGGCUCCGGUCGCGAAGGAGGUGGCGGACGAGCGCCAGGACCUGUCGGGCGAGAAGAAGCUGCCCUCGCCUCGCCCCGCACCCUUGCGGCCACCCAGCCUGGGCGAGGACGCCGCGCUGCUGCCCCGCGCCGAGAUGGAUCGCGACAAGAAGCUGCCCCGGGUCGUAAGACUCGUAGGGUUGCCCAUGUACCUGAGGUCCCUGCGCUGGGCCCUGGCAGUCAUGGCCAUGUUCCUGGCGGUGUCCACCAUGGCUGUCGUGGUCCUGGCCUCGAAAGUAGGGGCCAGGUGCCGGCCAUGCCCCCAGGGCUGGUUGUGGUCCGAGGGGCACUGCUACUACGUCUCCACCGAAGCUGAGGCCUGGGAGGCCAGCCGGGCCUUCUGCUCAGCCCACCAUGCCACCCUCCCUCUGCUGAACCACAUCCAGGACUUCCUGAGCAGAUACCCAGUCACCAACUACUCCUGGGUGGGGGCCCGACGAGGCCCCCAGGGCUGGCACUGGAUCGAUGGGAGCCCCCUGCCUCCCCAGCUACUCCCGGAGAAAGACCAGGAUGAGCCGGAUCUCGACUGCGGGGGCCUGGAGAAAGGCAAGCUUGUGGCUUUGGACUGUUCCUCCCCCAGACCCUGGGUCUGUGCCAAGGGGACCAAGUGACCUGGGUUCCGCCCAUCCUGAGCCUACUGGGGGCACACAGCCCCUGGGGGAGCCCAGGUUGAGAGCUGGAGCAGCCUCUUUCCUGGACCCAGGCCUCCAAGUCUCCCUGCUCUGCUCAGUGGCCCUGCCUCAGUGAACCAGGGACGGACUUCUGGCACAGGAAGAGCGCAUCCGAGGAAAAGGGGACCUUCCACGCCCAUUUCUUUCUCCAGCUGCUGAAGUGGAUUUGUUUCGUGAUCUUGAGUUUCCUUUUUGUUUUUAGCAUCCUGAGCCUCAAUUUCUUCCACAUUAAAAGGUCAUUUCCCAUCCCCUAUCUUACCUGCUUAGUCCCGUGUCCACACCCUUUCAGUCAUAGAGGAACAGAAAGGAUAACAGUCACAGGUGAUUCCAACCCGGGUUCUCACUGACCCACGAAGACUGAUGAAAUGGGUCUCCCAUCUUGUGGCAAAAGGAUUUGGCAGUGAUAACAUCGUUGCUAUAAAUUCCACUUCCAGGCGGCUGGGCGCACUGACGUCUGUGGAGGGCAGCACAGGAGGAGUGGCCGGCCCAGGGGGAGAGAGGAAGGGGUUCCCGUCCCUGCCCUGGGAGCUGGCAGAGCCUAAGUUCUUUGCAGAGACUGGCACGUGGGGCUGGCGGGGCCUCCGACCAACUGAUGCCCAAGGCUGGGAAGAUGCAGAGAGGACAGAGCCAUCUGGGUGAAGCCUCCACAGACCUUGGGGUCCGAGUGAGGAAGGAAAUCAGAAAUGUGGGCAGCUCUUCCAACCACAACCAUGGGGAUGCCAGCCUGACGACGUCUAUGUUCAGGUUCAGUGAAGGGCCUUCAGGCGAGAGGGAGUGGCUGCAAGGUGGGGGGGAGGGUUUGUUUAGUCUCCAGCCGGGAAAGACUUCUUCGAACUCAGUAGACUGCCUCUGGCUGAUCCUGGUGCUGAGCAGCCAUCUUGGGCAAACCCAGCUGCUCUUUCAAGGCAGACUGGGCAUCCAGACUCCUCUCAAACAGAGAAACCUUUACUGGUCCAUUUAAACUAAGAUCUUGCACAGGAUGUGUGGCUGCCUGGACGGGGCGGAGAGUCCUAAGAAAGCACUUGAUGAGCAACAAAAAUCCUAGAAACACUUUGGUGUUUCUCAUGGCUUACUCCUUAUUCCAGCUACAAAUCAGCCCCAGAGUCUGAUGACAUGUUCCGUUUCAAUUCACUUCAAAGCCUUUCUUGGUGAACAUCUGAGUCUGGCUUAUCGGGUUGCUUUAACAUCAGCUUCAGGGCCAAGUACCACUGGCUUGGGGACCUCUGGGCAGGGUGCCAGUUAGAAUCACCUGUGGAGCUUAAAAGAUCCGGGUGCCCAGGGUGGGUGGUGUGGUGCUGGGGCCCGGAAAUCUGAUUGUUUUUCAGCUUCUCUUGGUGAGGAAGGAGAGUAAGAGAGUGAACCUCGAUCUAUCACACUAGGAAGGAAGCUCCUAAUUACUGUCCAAAGUUGGCAAACCAAGGGAUAGUGGUGUCCACUUAUUACUGAGAAAUACGGAGACAAAUACUAGAAGAAACAACAAUAAUUUAAAGUGGUUACCUUGAAACUAAUUGAUGGUGACGGAAGUCUGGAUAGUG